AAACUAAGGGGCGUAAGAAUCUGAUGAUGUCCGCGGCUACCACAGCCCUGCCCAAAAUCACAUGGGUCAAGGUCGUCCUGGUAGUAGCCUUUAUCGUGGUCAACGUCGCGCUGUACAGCCACUUCUCUGACCACGGGAUCCUGCCCAUCUUCUCGCCGGACUCCAACACCUCAACUCACAGGGGCGACCUGAGCUUUGAACCCACCAGGUCAAAGUUCAACCUGACCAGGUCUAACCUAACGCAGAAAUGGCAGGCGUUGAACAUAACUGUUAUUGACAGGUCGCAACCUUACAGCACUAGCGAGCUCAAGAAACAUCCAUUUUUAUCAGAAAGCGUUGUCAACCCACAUAACUAUAAAUACGUCAUCACUCCACGAGUUUCAUGUAAGGAUCGAUCAACCAUAGAAGUAAUUAUCUGUGUUCCAAUUAGUCAUAAUAACUUCAAAGGCCGAGAGACGGUUCGAGCGACAUGGGGCAGCUAUGCCAAUGUCAGCUCGCAUAAUUCUAUUCUAGUCUUUUUUAUCGGACUGCCGGACAUGAAUUCAGCUGAGGCAGCUCAAACCCAGAAACUAAUUCUGGAAGAGGCUGCGGUGUAUGGUGAUAUAUUGCAAGAGGAUUUUGUGGACUCGUACAACAACCUCAGCCUCAAGUCAGUGUCUAUUCUAAAGUACGUUACGUUUUAUUGUUCAAAGGCGAGUUACGUCCUCAAAGCAGAUGACGACAUGUAUGUUAAUGUCCCUUUUUUAGUGACUACGUUAAGGAAACAUAAAGAUUCAAACCCAGAGUUAAGUGCCUUUGUUAUGGGGUCAAAGCAGGUCAAUGCGCAUCCAGCAAGGUCAUCUGACUCCAAAUGGUACACACCUGUGUCCAUGUUCUCCGAGGAUACUUAUCCGGAUUACGUAUCCGGGACAGCAUACGUCAUGUCCGCUGAGGCGUCAUGGCUGCUUUAUGAAGGAUCCCUUAGGGUGCCUUUGUUCUGGUUGGAAGACAUUUACAUCACUGGGAUUUGUUCCAAGAAAGCCGGCGUCGUGGUGAUAGGCAAUGAUUUAUUCUCUUACGGGAAACCUUCUGUGUCUGGGUGCUCGUUCAGACAGCACAUAUCUGGACACAGAUACAGUCUGUCAGAGAUUGAACAGAUACACAGAGAGCUGUACGAUAGUAAGACAGUGUGUGAGUAGAGUGUAGGAUAAUGAUUGUUCUGUAAAGAGAAGUGAUGUGACUAUUUACAAGGAGGGAUACCAUGGCGAUUCUCUACAGGCAAGGGACACCAGGACUUCUAUACAAAGAAUAGAUAACGUGGGGAUCAUAUAUCUACUUAGUAGACCUAUAUGUACUUUGCUGCAGUGUGUUACUGUAUGUCUUAUAGAAAUGUGUCUUAUAAAACUGGACUCCACCCCCUCCCCCUGUCAAGCAGCUAUCCUCAUGCUCAUCCGUCCAUUACCCUCGACUGACCCAUGUCAGGGAAUCUAGAAAUAUUACAUCACAUUGCACUGUAUAAUCACAGAGUGACCCAUCUUUCAUCUGUGUUAAGCUACAUCCCUGCCAUAUGGAUUUAGAUUCAGUACCACUUGUAAGAAUGCAUCUCUUUAAAACUACCACAUAAUGAAAAGUAGUUAUACUUUUAUUUAACCACAAGAAAAAAUUAGAUGAAACUUGUUAGAAUGUAUCUUUUUAAAACUACCACAAUAAUAAGAACUAGUUAUAUUUAUUUGGCCACUCAAGAAAAAACUAAAUGGGGUACCCGCAGAUCUAGAGACCACAGUCUAGUUCAUUCACAAAGCUGGACUUGUUGUUUAAAUCCUCCAGCAUAAACUCAGUUAAGAAUGAAGAAGAAGAAAGAAUUUAACCACAAGAGAUUAGGUUAUGCCAUCUAAUCACUACAAGUAAUAAAAGUUUGUACCAGCACCUAACACAUUUCAGUAGCAAAACAAUCAAUUCCACUGUAUUAUUAUACAGAAAUUAGCAGCAGUUUAAGAUACACAAAACAAAUAAAUGGUAAAAUAAAAAUAUGUAUCACAAUUAUGAUUAAUUAAAAAACAUCGCAGAAUGUAUUGGCAGUAGGGAACCCUUUUUAUGUAACAGUGGACAAGUAAUCUUUUGCAUGUCUCCCCCUUCCCCACCCUGUUGACAUAAUGGUGUGAAUUAAUUUUUGGUGUGUCUCUAAUCUUACUUUGAGUGUGUCACCGCACUCUCUGAGUGUUGCUGAACACAUCACCAUGCAGUUUGAAGACACAAGCAGCCACAGGCCUAAAGAACAACAAUCCAAUCUGUUGCCCUGUCAUUGCUAGAAUCAAAUUUUCUUCUCCUUUACAGUUAUAGCUGAGCUAGAUAAACCAAUUCCUACCUUAGAUAAAUCAAUUCCUACUAGCCACAUACCAUUCAAAACCUUCAUUUAUUCCAGCUAACACUGCUCCCUGUAAUUAAAUGUGUUUAUGUUUCUGCAAGCAAUAAAAUAUCGGUAAUUAUCCAAAUGUAAAUCCUUAUGCCCAUCUCCUUAUGCAUUUAUGUUAUGUUUCAUUGUAUUAAUUAUCAUACUGCGUUGUGAUUAGUAUGUGAGUAGUAUGCUAAUGCAUCAAGUUUUAAUAGUAAUUUAUUUUUUUAAACUCAUUACCACAAUAUUGUACAAGCCUAGAUGUGAAAUUUUAAUUUUUUUUUUUGCAACAAUCAGAGUUUCUUCCAGGCAUCUCUUCGGGGGGGCUUAGCCCCCCCGAAAAAUUUUUACCGCCCCCCCGAACGAAAUGAAAUUUAUAUAAUUUAUAUAGAAAAUAUAUACUUUUAACAGUGUCCGCCCCCCCGAAGAAAGUUUACCGCCCCCCCGAAGAUUUCAAGUGCCCCCCCCGGAGAAAAAAGUCUGGAAGAAACACUGGCAACAAUGCUCAUAAGCAAGCUUUUUUUUUUUAGUAUUUAUAAUAUAUAAUUUGUACAUCUGCAAGAAAUAUUGGAUUGGAUAAAAAUAAAAAAAAAACAAUUCGGUAACAAAGAAUUCAUACUAAAAUUUAUAAAUUCAACUGUGAUACAUCUAUCUAAUCCAAUUUACUUGUACAGCUACUGUGUUGAUCUGUACAACAAAUCCAUCUGUGUACAUAUGUGUACUGACAUUAGGGGCAUCAACUAUGCCACACAUAUUCUGACAUAUAUUGUCUAUAGACUGCACAAAACUAUUCCUGUGUUGGAUGUAGAAGAUUUAGUGUUGGAUUUGAAAUCUUCUUUUUUGAUAUCUUGGAAAUUCUUGGAGUCUCUGCAUUUAAUAAAAUGAGUUGACAAAUAUAAUUUAACAUGAAUUAUAUUGUUUGUGUUCGUCAUUAUGAGAUUAAGUCCUAAAUUUGCUUUUACAUUAUCAUUAUCAGCAUGAUUAUAUUUUUAUGGCUAUUUAAAUUGAACAAAUGUAUACAAUAUUUUUUGAACAAAUUGAUACAAUAUUAAUUUUUUGAGAAAAAUAUCUAUCUGUAUAUUUUGCUAAGAAAAAUUAGUUAUAAUUUCAUCUAAAUUAUAAAAAGUUGUAUGUUGAUUUGUUUCAUUUAUAAAUAUUUUUACUGUUCUAUUUUUACACAAUGUUGUAUCAUGUGACAGACAUAUUUUGGUGUGAUGAUAAACAUUUUCACUGCAUGAGCCAGUCAUUAAUAUGUCAGUUAUGGUCAGAGUUAUGGUUAACAUUAUAAUAUUUUUGUUAGCUGAAUGUUGCUGUAUUUAAUGUAUAUAUUUCUAUACAUUUUGUCUAGUGUACAUCAUCUAAUUGUGGGGCCAAAAGAAACAACAAAACACAAUAGUUAAGAAAACUUUGUAUUUGUUUAAUUUAUUUGCCUUAAACUUUUUACCAAAGAUGUUUUAACUCGCUUAUGCUACAUUCAUUCACUCAGCUAGUCUAAAGACCAAUCCAUCUCUAAUGCUUUUUCUACUUAUUGACAAAUGCUUAAUCCUUUUUUUAAAGACCACUUCCGUAUAAAGGGAGAUACAUGGGGGAGAUCAAUAUAAAUAUAAAAUGGGUGAUAAAUAUUAUAGGGAGUUCACAACACAAAGGAGAGAUUACUUUACUUGAGUAUUUAAGGGGGAAUAAAUAUCAAUUUAUCAUAUUUGGGGAGAUUUAUAAGUGGCGAUAAAUAUCAAAAGCAGAUAUUGCAUACGAGGGGAGAUAAAUCACUUGAAGGAGAGAGUAUUUGUGUUGAUGUGUCACAGUAACCUUUAGCUCUUAGUUCCCCCUGGGUGGAAUAAAGGGGAGAUCACCAUACAUAGUGAGAUGAACGUCUAUCAACAGAUCAUUGUUUAUAGUCUAUUACGGAGGGUGAGGGAUUAAAAAUCAUUCAGUACUAGUGGAGAUAAACAUGUUUUCAAAACUGUGACACUCAAGGUCAUUGAACCUUACACUUUGGGUCCAGAUGUAAACACAUUGUGUGUUCUGUGAAAGUGGUUUUGUGUGUUCUGUGAACGUGGUAUUGUGUGCUCUGUAAAAGUGGUUUUGUGUGUUCUGUAAAAGUGUUAAGGUUGGGUUAAGCAAAAACCAUUUAUUGAGGAGUUAAAGAAAUCACUAAUAUCCAGAUAUCUUUAAACAUGAAAUCCUUCUGUAAAUACUCUGUAAGACUGAUUUACUGUUUUAUUGCUAUCUAAAUUGUCUACAUAAUAUAAUUGAUAUGAGUCACUAGGGUUUUUUCUUGAUACAUGUAGUAGAGGUUAUAAUUUAAUGAGUUUUUAUAGUGCUAGUGUUCUGGCAGCUUGCAAUAUUGUAGAUACAGCAUAGUCAUAGACUUCCUGAUUGGGAAACAGUAACAAUAGUUACAUAGUAUUACAGCUUACACACUGCCACAAGUUAGAGACAGCAGAACAACUUAGACGAUGUUACAUCUUAGUACCGUUACUUAGAUAGCACCAUAACUUAUACAUUAACACAACUGACAGCACCAUAACUGACAAUAUUACAACUUAGCACCACAACUUUGACAAUACUACAACUUAGCACCAUAACGUUGACAAUAUUACAACUUAGCACCUCAACUUUGACAAUAUUACAACUUAGUACUGUAACUUAGAUAGCACCAUAACUUAUAGCCUACAUUAACACAACUGAUAGCACCAUAACUUUGACAAUAUUACAACUUAACACCCUAACGUUGACAAUAUUACAACUUAGCACCUCAACUUUGACAAAAUUACAACUUAGUACUAUAACUUAGAUAGCACCAUAACUUAUAUAUCAAGACAACUGACAGCACCAUAACUUUGACAAUAUUACAACUUAACACCAUAACGUUGACAAUAUUACAUCUUAACACCUCAACUUUGACAAUAUUACAACUUAGCACCACAACUGUUUAAAUAUUACAACUUAGCACCUCAACUUUCACAGUACUACAGCUUAGCACCUCAACUUUGACAAUAUUACAGCUUAGCACCUCAACUUUGACAAUAUUACAACUUAGCACCUUAACUUUGACAAUACCACCAUGAAUACAUUAACACGACUUCAAGUGUCCCACAACCUAAACAAUACCACAACUUCGACAGUACCACAACAUAAACAAUACCACAACUUCGACAGUACCACAACCUAAACAAUACCACAACUUCGACAGUACCACAACCUAAACAAUACCACAACUUCGACAGUACCACAACCUAAACAAUACCACAACUUCGACAGUACCACAACCUAAACAAUACCACAACUUCGACAGUACCACAACCUAAACAAUACCACAACUUCGACAGUACCACAACCUAAACAAUACCACAACUUCGACAGUACCACAACAUAAACAAUACCACAACUUCGACAGUACCACAACCUAAACAAUACCACAACCCAGACUUUAGGACAACAAAAACCAUGACACCCCUAACACAACAACAGUGACAGUUCACAGACCAUCACAACAAGCCUCUAAAUCCAAAAUCAAAGUAGGACUACUGUCAAAACUUUUGUCGUUUAUGUUCCUCACUUCCACAAUUAAAGUUCACCAUAACUUUUCUCAUUUGAAAAAAAAUAAAUCCACACCACCUAUAUGCAUCUAUUGACGUUCAGGAAAUGUAGCUAAAUGUGCAUAUAACACCAUACCACUAAACGUGUAUUGUAAAUUAUAUACUAGGCCUUACUUUGUAUUGUAAAAGCUUUGCCUUCUCUAAUUAUUUGCCCACAGCCUCUUAUCUGGUAAUUAGUUUCCGUUUAAUCUACUUUAAAAAAUAAAUAUCAACGAGUUGAGUGUUUCAGUACUGAGAUCAAUGUGAAACAAUCCAAGGAUUGAUCUUCCAGACCUUAGGAAUUCUAUGUGACAUCAUACACGUUCAUCCAUGUACACCCCACUUCCCCAUAUCGUCACUCACCAUUAAUCAAAAGCCAAAAUUCCCCACAUUUUCCAUACACCGAGUGAGCUAGCUCCACUGCCACUUUCGUCCUAGUAAAAAUAAACAUUUAAUCAAAGUUAACAUGUUUUCCCCCCUGUAAUUUCUUUUUGAAAAGUACAAGUUGUCUCAAUUCUUCCACCCUCCACCCUUCCCACCACUUAAAAUAUGAUCACUAAACUUUCCUUCUAUUCACCAAUACAUGUCCUUAUUUCAGUAAAUUAUACUAUCCUCUAGCUCAAAAUUUCAAAUUAUAUUUUUGUACUUAUCGAUUAUAUCAAAUCUUACUGCCAACGUGUUUUGUAGUGUAUGCAAUGUUUGUGUGUAGAAACUAAUGUCAUUGGAUUUGCUUGAGUAAUAAUAUACGGAGAAAUAUUUUUUCAUUUUUAUUUCCAGAUAGAAAAGGGAAAGACAAAUCCCUAGGAUGUCAGCCAAAAAAUAUAAUCUUUUUUUUUUCUUAUUUAUUUUGAUUGCCUAAUCAUGAAUAAAUGGGUGAGGGGGUCCCGUUAUCAUAGAUGUAGAUGUUUACCUCCACUCACCCCCGCUCCCCUCAUCGCCAGCGGUCACCAAACCCUCUCCUCCCCCCCCCCCCCCCCCC